AUGCCGACACCCAGCGACAGGACGCCGCAGUUGACAGCCACACCGCUUGCCGAGGAAUUGUCCGCCCAUUCGACGUGCCCGCCAGAGAGUGAUCGGAUACCUGCGUGGAGAGCAGCACCAGAAGAGCGCAUCGUCGCUGAUAAUAGUCCAGGCAAUGGUGGCAUGCCAGAGAGCAGCGCUCCGGCGCAAUCGACCUUGAGGAGUCGGGUUGACGGCGUGGCAGAACCCGUUGCGAUGCCUCGGGAGAUUGACGCAACCACAGCAUCCUCUAUCAAAAGGAUGCCACAGUCCGAAGAGGAAGCCGUGCUGGGCACCUCCAGCCCAGCAAGCGUCUCCUCAGAGGCCAAGGAGGAACAAUCGACUCCGACAGCGGCGCAAUCGUCAUCAAUGACCGCGCCUUCCGCCACCUCGUCUCUCAGCUACGAGUUUUCCAAUAUCCGACUCCUACCGAAUCAUUCAUCGUCCUUUCUUCGUGCGGGAAGCAAGUUCGUCGGAACCCAGCAGUCUGACCGCCAAGUCUACAAUGUAGAUGUGGAGAUUAAGCAUGUCGACAUGGCCGAAUCGUACCUCUGCGGCUACUUACGCAUACAAGGGUUGACGGAGGAUCAUCCUACCUUGACUACUUUCUUUGAAGGAGAGAUCAUCGGGACCAAGCAUACCUUUCAGACGCGACACGAAGCAUGGGGUGCGACAGAGAAGACCGAUAUGCAGCACUGGGCCAGAUUCCCAGCGUGGCGGCCCCUUGCCAAACAGGCAAAGAGACCAGACUUCAGCUACCGCAACUUCGCCCAGCGUGAACAUAUUUUCAUGAGGUGGAAGGAGUAUUUUCUGGUGCCUGACCACCGCGUGCGGACGAUAUCCGGUGCUAGCUUCGAGGGUUUCUACUAUAUCUGUUUCAACCAGGUAGAAGGGACCGUCAGCGGUAUCUAUUUCCAUGCGAAAAGCGAGAAAUACCAGCAGCUCGAACUGAAACAUGUCGAGGAUCAUGGUUGUCUUCCCGCUAUCGAAUUUCGUUGA